GUCAAACCUUUGAAAAUACAAAAAUGGCGCCUAUCGUGGUAGACGAGCUAAAGUUGAUAGCAGAUUUGUUAAAAGGAGCUCCCGGAUUAAAUUUGGACCUUUUCCGACGAGCGAAAAUCACAACGAUUCAACUGAUAACAUUUACUGAGACCCAACUAGCAAGCGCGAUAAAAUCGAGCCCGGAUAUCGAUACACCGGUUGACGAAAAGAUAUUAUGGUCCUGGAUUCUCGACUGGCGAAGAAGAAACGGUCUGGAUAACGCAACAAUCGUUCCGGAAGAACCAGCUCACUCUUCGGUAGAAGUUUUGCAUAAAACUGCAACUGAUUUUGAGAACACAUUUACUGGAAAAAGUUGUGAUGCAUCGAUAAACGGUGAAGCAGAAACCGCUGAAUCGUCCUCAGAUAAGCCUCUUGAUUUAAAAGUGGUAUGUAACAUUUCCGCAAGCUGAAAAUUGGAAAUUAUUAGUUUUUUUUUAUUUUUCUCUCAGAGCGCUUCCAAAAUAUACGAUUUAAGUUGCGGCUUAGUCGUCAAUAAGCCCGGCAGCAGUAGAAAUAAUUUUCCGGGAGGAAGAGUGACGGAAUUGAACGGACAUAUAACAUCAGAGCUCGUAACAGACGGAGAUCCACACAACACAAGUCAAACAAAGCAAGUUCUCGAUCAACCCCCGGAGGUUGACGCCAUCGAUGGUCUGCAAGUUUCAACAUCUUCAGUUGGCGAUACACCUUCCCGUUUGACCCCGGCUCUGCUGAAGGAGCUUAUGCAGCAAACUGUAUACGGCGAACAAUUGCUGAAAGCCGCUGAAACUCACUGCUUGUCGGAUUCUGGAAGAAAGUUUGUUGUCGACACGGUGGCAAGGUACCACUUAACCCGAAACUGUAAAACAUCAUCCGAAGUGGUAGAAGAUCUAAGUACAGUAAUAUGCGGACUAUUCAAAAAGGAAAACAAGGAAACAUAUUACAUUCCGAAAGCCAAGAACCGUGGUAACCCUGCUGGCAAAUUAUACAGUCGUAUAAAUUAUAUUAAACAAUCGGAACGUAAACGUGAUCAAAAAGAGAAGCAUCACAUUUCAACGGACAACGAUUUGGAUAACGAACAACUGUUACCCGAGGUAGCAACAGCAUUGGCCUGGUUGGAAAUUAAUAGGUUUCCUUGGGCGACUGUCCUGUCACAAUGGGAACUAAGUUUUCCUGCCAGAAAAGCUGAUCUACGUCAGUUUUCUAAGGCCGGUCAAUUAAUCAAUACUUACCCACACCUCUCAAAUGAGUGUGGAUAUCAACUGCUGGAUAUCGAGUACCGUAAACUUGGUCUGGGAAAUCCGACGGAACCAUCGAAGAAAUGGAAUUCAUUGUUUGAGCCCAUUGCAAAAUAUGUCAGCAAGUAUGCUAAGGAUCCAUCAGCUAAAGACUUGUCAUAUGCUUUGAGAAAUAACGAGCUAUCGAUCGAUUGUCGACUACUGAAUUUACUUCUGGCUUUAAAUACGGUGCUCGUUCCAGUUAAGGCCUCGAAAGGUUUUAAGCCGACGGUAGCCACGGGCCAAGCAGAAACAUUUCUGUUAGUCGACAACAAGGAUCAAGCACUUAGUGAGUUGGAGAAAACUAUACAAAUAUACGAAGAACAGAGGUUUGCAAUUGCUCCGAAGCUCAUCGUCGUUGGAGAGAACUUGACUGCUGCUACAGGUGAAUGCCUGGUGGUAUAUAAAGAUAUAAUCUACAAUCUUGAAACUAUUGUGCGUGGAGUUGACGUAUUGUUGAAACUACAAAUAGUCCUUGGAUUACCGGUUGCUAAAUUUUCAAAAUUGGUGUGGGUAUUCAUCGAGCAAUUCGUAUACGAAGUACCUUCGAAUUAUGGCGGCUAUUUAUGUAUCAAUAAGUUAAUCCAUUUUUUGAAUAGCCAGUCUGAAAAUCAGCGAUAA